GAGCAUGUCGAUGGCGCCUUCUGUUCAAAGUAACUAGCGGACGGCGACAAUCUCUCCUUUUUCUACCAUCCUUUCACUCCCUUUGCUAUCCGCUCAUCAAUAUACUACAUACGUAGUAGCAAAGAUGCCGGAGCAGAGACAACAGCAAGAGGAGGAGGGCGGUUUCAACUUCCGAACCGUCAUCCAAGGUGUCGCGAUCUUCUUCCUUGUCCAAUUUGUUAUGGGCCAGUUCUUUGGCGGGAAUAAAACUCAAUCUCAAGGUGCUGUAUCGACUGGCCCGACUGGCCCGAUCCCGGCUUAUUCUGACCGUCCCGCUCGCAAUGAAAUCGAAAAUUACAAUCCUAUCCCAGCGGGGAUUGCUCCGAUGUGGCCUUCUAAUAGUUCCUUGGAUAUCAGUAUCUACAUCUCUCCAUCCGUUCGCAUGCUUCCAUUGUCGGCUGUUCCGAAGGAGUCCCUCGUGAUGGAAGAGAAGGCAUUUAAUAUGGGUAACUGGAGCGAGAGUCGUGAAAUUGAUACUACUUUUAAGGUGCCUAAGGAAGUGCAACAAAACGGAACUCUGUGGGCACAUUUCUACGUUGCUUUGAGCGGCCACCAGCUCGACCCAGCUGCUAAAGACUACAGCCCUGAGACAGCUGUUCAUUUCCUUCGCCCAUUGAACCAAUAUCUGCCAAAGAAGAAAGUUGCGAAGCGCAAGAAUCUUCUUGCAAGCUCUGAGGAAACUGGCGAUGAGGAAGGGGAUAAUACACCGAAAUACUCGAUUGCUUCUUAUUACCAUCCUAACUUCACAGUUUCAGUCAUUCCUGACUUUGGCAUGGCGAACUAUCAGCAAAUGCAUCCCGCAGUCCGACAGUAUGUGAACUUGGAAAGCACUGGUGCACGCGAUACUACUGGUCAGAAUACGUGGUACUACCCUGUCUUGUAUCUGAAUACCUUCUGGCAGCUCAAGUCACACAUGACUGAGCUUAACUCCACCGUCGAGACCCUACCUCUCCGCAUUGUCUUGAACAAUUUAAGUAAUUGGAAGUUCAAUAUCUUGGCUAGCAUGGAUGAAGGCGCAAAGCAAAAUGCUCGCAAUGCAGCUAAUGGCCAAACUGUUCCUGGCGGUGGUGAUGGAAGUGAAUUCGAGAUGAUCAAGGAAGUCCUUUUGGACACGAAUGUUUAUCUUCUCGGUACCACCGCCAUCGUCAGUGUUUUGCAUAUGAUUUUUGAGACUCUUGCCUUCAAGAAUGAUAUUUCUCAUUGGCGCAAGAAGAAGGACAACGUCGGCACUUCAGUCCGUACUAUCAUAGCUAACAUCUUCAUGCAAUUGGUCAUCUUCCUCUACCUAAUCGACAAUAACGAGAACACUUCUUGGAUGGUCCUCGCCAGUCAAGGAUUCGGUAUUGUUCUUGAAGCUUGGAAAGUUACAAAGACCGUGGAUGUUCGCCUCCGCCCUCCCCCACAGAACUCGUUCUGGUCUUUCCUACCCUAUGUUGUCUCAUUUGAGGACAAACAUAAGCUCACCGAAACGGAGAAGAAGACACAAGAAUACGAUGAGAUUGCCUUCAAAUAUCUCUACAUUGUGGCGAUGCCCUUAUUGGCCGCUUACGCUGUCUACAGCUUGAUGUACGAAACUCAUAAAUCUUGGUACUCUUUUAUCAUCGAAACUCUUGUGGGCAGCGUCUACGCAUAUGGUUUUCUCAUGAUGGUUCCUAGUUUGUACAUCAACUACCGUCUCAAGUCUGUCGCUCAUAUGCCAGGAAGAGCAUUGAUGUACAAGUUCCUCAACACUUUCAUUGAUGACUUAUUUGCUUUCACCGUCAAAAUGCCAUGGCUGUAUCGUCUUGGAACUCUUAGAGACGAUGUCAUCUUCUUCGUUUGGCUCUACCAGAGCUACAAGUACAAGGUUGACUACAAGCGUGUCAACGAAUUCGGCCAAGGAGGUGAAUCAGACGAGGAGGUCGAGGACGAGGUGGUCUCUGAGACUGUCAAGGAAGCCAAAUCUACCGGUGCUUCUAAGGCUGCUGGUACUUCGGCACGUCGUCGAAAGUAGACCCAACCGUUUGCGUUUAAAUCAUGCAUGGAAUUGAUGGUGAGAAACUAGGACCGUGUAAUCCUAUCACUAUAUAGGCUUAGAACAUUCAACUACUCUUCUUCGGAUGAAUGAGAGAAUCUUACUCUAGAUUAUAGAAAUCUCACAUAUUUUUU